AUGAUAAACUUCUUUGUGUGUUGGGUGGCUUUGCCACAGGGCUUGUACGGAAUUGAUGUUCUGGGAAUCCAGGAACACCGCAUUGUGCAUGAGGAAGCGGUCAUCAAUGGCAGCAUGCUCAUAACAACAUCCGCAACUAGAAACCAAGCUGGAGCUGCUGUAGGAGGAGUAGGGAUUCUGCUCAGCUCUAAAGCAAGCAGUUCACUGGCAAAAGUUACACCAAACACAGAGCGGAUAUUUACAGCAAGCUUUCAAGGGCAUCCAGCAACAGCCAUCAUUGUCACCUACUGUCCAACCAACACGGCAGAUGAAGACAUAGUGAAAGCCCACUAUGAUGACCUGGUGAGGGCCAUUGAAGCCAUUCCAGAUCACAACCUACUGCUGGUUGUAGGGGACUUCAAUGCAAGAAUAAGACCAGAGGAUGACAAAUUCACAUUCCAUAAAGAAACAAAUAGGAAUGGUAGACAGCUGCUGGACCUGGCAAGCGAGAAGGAUCUAGUCAUUUCUAGCACCUACUUCCGCAAGAAAGCAGGAAAGCUCUGGACCUUUAUCAGCCCAGGAGGCAUCAAGUAUCAGCUAAGUCUAAAUGUGCUAAUACGUAGAAAGUGGCACAACAGCAUGCUAAAUGUGGAGGCAUACAACUCCUUUGCAAGUGUUGGCUCGGACCACAGAAUCGUAUCUGCCAGGGUGAGACUCAGCUUGCGGAAAAAGAAAGCAGAGCCAAGAAAAAGACAGUAUGACUGGAACUUGUUUAAGAGCAGAAGAGACAUACAGGAGCUGUAUACAAUUGCAGUACAUAACAGGUUUCAACCAAUACAGGAACUAGAUGAAUCUGCUACAGGCAGGUACGAGAGGUUCAUCAAAGCCACUGAGGCAGCAGAGAAGGUGGUCCCAAUUAGGAAGAGGGAACGAAAGACAAGGCACUCAGAGGACUCAAGGGUGACACAUGCUAAAGACAAGUUGAAUAGGGCGUAUGAACGAUACAAGGAGGACACAACUGUAGAGAACAGACAAGAGUACAGUCAGGCCAAAAAGAAGUUGAAGGAAACCUACAUAGCAGUCGAGGAAGAUCUCAGCAACAACAUCAGAGAGACUGGGGAGCAACUACAGGGGCAUCAGCCUGAGCUCACUAGUAGCCAAAAUCUUCAACAGGAUGCUGCUAAACAGAAUAAGGCCAGCUGUGGAAGAACAUCUGAGACAAUCAAAAUGGGUUCAGAGAAGGAAGAUCGACUGUCAGACACAUACUCGCUCUACGCAGACUGA